GGGGGAUAGGGUGGCAGGUGGUAGGGAAUUGGGUGGCAGAGCGAUAGGGAUAGGGUGGCUGGGAAUAAGGUGGCAAGGAGUUGGGUGGUAGGAUAGCAGUGUGAUGGAUUUAGAGUGGCAAACAGGUAGGAAGAUACAAAACAGUAGUUGGUAGGCUGGCAAGAUUUGAUCUGGUUGGACAAAGGAAAAACCCAAAGGACUGCGUGUUCUGGAAAUGGAAAUAAAACCAGAAAUUGCUGGAGAAACUCAGUAGGUCUGGCAGCAUGAGUGUCUCCAGUAAUUUCUGUUUUUGUUGGAUUUGAUUGGAUCAUGUAAUGGGAACGUUUGGGGCAGAUUGUAUUUUUUUGGGCAGGUGGUGUUGGAGGGUCAGGGAAAAAAAUACUAGAGGAUUGGGGCGUUUGGGGAUGUAGAUUAGGGAUGUUGAAGGGACUGGUGUCAGUGUGAAUUACGCAGGAUUUGUUAAUCCGUCCAUCAGUUUCAGGGAACUACCCAGAUGAGAUCACGCCUCUCCCCGAAAGGCAGUUAAGACAUAUUAGCGUCCGCGCAUUUGGGUCGAAACAGAACAGCUUCCCUCCGGCUUUCCACCUGCUGGUUGGUCGCUGACUCGGAUUUUGGGAGCUGUGCACCAAAUGUAAUAUUGCAUUUGGGGCGUCCAGUACCUGGAGUAACGGUAAAGAGAGAAACUCUGCAGAAUGCUCGGCCUCGCUUCGAUCCUUGUAGCUUUACUGUGCAUCUACAUCGUGACCAACUUACUGCAGGCGCAGCCCCAGCCCGUGAACGGCAGGUAUUCGGUACCGGGGCGCUUUUACACUCUGAAAAAGUUGCUGGUCAUAUGUGUUUACCGGUAUCGCGUGUUCUGGCAGAGGAAAGCCAUAGGCAACAAGAAUGAUCGGGACAGGUUGAAGAUGGGGCUGGGGCGCAGGAAAGAGGAUCUUCAGACCCGACCCGGUGAACUGAAAGGUGGAGGGGGGCUCGGUCAAAGUUCCCGGUCUUCUGCAGAAGAAAUGGAAUGCGUGCAGGAAUUAAUGGAUCACUCUCAUGCUAUCGACUCAGUUUAUUUUAUGGGAUUCACAGAAGUGGAUAAAACCUACUUUGUUGUUCGUAUUUGCCGGAAACCCAAUGACUUGUGUGAAGUGUGGGUGUUGCUUCGAGUUGAUGGAGUUGGAUGUUUUGAGCAUCCAAUCCAUCCUGAUACCAUCAGUUCUGUGGACAGUGAGAACUCAUGGAGUGGAGGGGGUGUGAAGAUGGAGUGUCUUGAGACACAUCAGCGAUGGCGAAUCACCUUUAGCGGACUUCUAAGAAGGGGACCAUACAAAAAUAAAUGGACUGAAGACGAAGGGGAACUUCUGUACGUCAAGUUUACUUUUACCUGGACGGCCUUUUCCUCUGUGUUUGACUUUGACACUGAUAUUCAUGCGAGUGCAAUUGCUCAAGGCAUUGCUCAGGAGACAUGGAGUAGAGCUUUCCUUGACAAGCUGAAAAAGUAUAAUCAACAGCAGACACAUUAUGAGCAGUGGGGCCAGUAUGUUGGAGAAAUUGAGAUUGAGGGAUAUGAGAGAAAUGAGCUGCUUCUUCGUGGAGUAAGAGAUCACUCUUAUGGUAUCAGAAAUUGGGCACAUAUGCAUCGCUAUGUUUUGCUUUUAGCACACUUUGAGAAUGGGUUAUCGGUGAAUUUAAUCAUUCUCUCCAUUUCUGCAACCACAACAAAUAUGAGUAUAGGUUAUGUGAUGUUUCCAAACGGAAAAAAGGUUGGGAUUGACUGGUCAGAUGCCUCUUUAGCUGAUAUUGCUGAUGAUGGGAACAUUGCUGACCUGUACAGCAUCAGUUUUACAGCAGGAGGUCAAUUGUUUCACCUGCAAGUGUCAAUCGAUAAGGAUGCUUCUCCUGUGAUGUAUGGGGGACUAACCUGGGAAAGUAGAAUCCAUGAGUGCGUGACAAAUUACCGUCUGAAUUUAACUGUUCGUGGCUGGGGCAUAACGGAACUUCAUUACAGAAAUGAGAGUGGUCGGCAGGCUCCAGACUUUAUACCACAUGAAAAGUUCCAGGAACCUGUGGUGCCAGCAUGCUCCAAGCUGGUGUUAGCACUCUCUGAUAAGACAUGCCAAUGUACUGCAGUGGUAGGCAGUAAAGGAGCUCAGUUGGCACAACUAUUGGAAAUGCAAAACCGGCUUAGGAACCAGUUUUUUGUACCUGUUGGACUAUGUGUCACAAUUGCAGCACUGGAACUUCAGAUGAAAAAGAACAGCUGUCUUCAGCAAACAGUAACGGAGCUGAACUACAUGGCCUGCAAUGGAAAUAAAGUUGAAAAUCUUCGUGAACUGUGUGAAAGAUGUGUUGAAUUGUUCAGGAGAACCAAACUGUCUCCAGAGAUAGAAUGUGCCAUUCGUGAACAGCUAAUGGAGCUGAGGCUGCUGGGAGCAGAGAAGCGCUUCGCUGUCAGGUCCAGUGCAGUUUGGGAAGACACAGAGGACACAACUGCUGCGGGGCAACUUGACACAGAGCUGGGAGUGAAGGACUUUGAACAGGUCUGUGACGCUGUUCUGAAAUGCUGGGCUUCCCUCUACUCAUUCCAAGCUGUUCAGUAUCGUCAGCAAAGGGGACAGCCAGUGGCAUUGGGCAUGGGCGUGGUGAUCCAGCAGAUGGUACCAGCCCAGGCAGCAGGUGUAUUGUUUACAUGCGAUCCUGUCACAGGACACUCGGGCAGGAUGAUUAUCAAUGCAAAUUAUGGACUCGGAGAGUCUGUGGUGAGUGGUCAUUCAGAGCCUGACACCAUCACCCUCUCACACAAUCUGAAAGGGAAAUAUCAGAUUAUCAAGAAGGAAAUUGGAGUGAAGAAGCAACAUUGCUCAGAAAAUGAUGAAGGUGGAAUUAAGUAUGAAGACACUUUAAUUUCGGAGGCUACAAAAUGCUGUAUCACUGACGAUGUCAUUCUGAGAUUAGGAGAAGUGGCUUUUCAGGUCGGAAAAGUUUACGGAGAUGCAAGAGACAUUGAGUGGGCAGUCUUAGGAUCAAAGAUUUAUUUGCUGCAGGCCAGACCAAUAACUACAUUCUUCACUGAAUCUGAGUUUGAGCUGAUGCAUGAGUUUGAUUCUGCCUUGUCUACAGACUACGAGUGGAUGACAACCUCAAACAUUGGUGAAAUGAUGCCUGGAGCUGUGACACCGCUAACAUCAAGCAUCUUUGUGAGAGCCGUUGAAUAUGCAUUACAGGAAUUGUCAAUGAAAAUCGGAGGAAACCCUUGCUUUUCACCCUAUAACUACAAGUACUUAGGCAUCUGCUGUUCCCAUUUGUUUCUGAAUCUCAUGAGCUUGAAUGCCAACAUGGAACAGAAUAACUUCAUUACCCAGAAGAAAAUGAAUGAAUUUGAACUGCUCGGAAGGGUGCUGAAUGAAUUAUCUUUACAUGAUGUUACUUUGAUUCACGGAAAGUCACCUUUGUGGAAGCGAAUUUUCAAUGCAUUUCGAUGCCUACAGUAUAUGUUCACCGUGGAGUCAAAGGUGAAAAGAUUAAUGGAGAAAAUGAAGACUUUUCAGAUUCAACCUGCGAACCAAGCACUGGAAUUUUACUUCAAUAUAGAUCGGCAGCUGCCUGAGUAUUUUGCGGCAUGGUGCAUAUCGCUAACAAAAUCUUGUAGUUCUGGAAUGUGGAAUGCAGUUCUGGUUUCGGUUUUGUCAGAAGGAAAAGCAAAAUGGACCCCUGAACUAGUGAAUGAUGUUGCAGUGUUGUAUAGCUCAUGUAUAGAUGUUGUAGCUGCUGACAUUCCAACAUCUGUGGAGGCGAUCACUGAAGCUAUCCAAACGCAGGGCAAGCGUUCUGAAUUUCUAAAGCUGGAUGCUGAGAGUGCAAUAUCUUGGCUGCUGUCUCAGGAAAGUGGAGAAGCUGGUCAGACAUUCCAAAACUUCCUAAAGAAUUAUGGCUUUCGCUGCCUCAGAGAGGCUGAAUUGCGUGAAAAAUCAUGGAUGAGUGAUCCAAUAAAGCUGUUUCCAGCAAUCCAGAGAGCUUUGCAGAGAGGAAAAGUGGAUGUUGAAAAAGUAGCACUGACUCUGGAUGAAGCUAUUGGUUCCAUAAAAUCACCAGUUACAUGGAUCAGAAAGUGUGUUCUGCGGUUGAUCUUACCUGAGGCAAGAAAAGCUGUCGCUGACAGAGAAUUAUUAAAAGCAGAGGCAAUCAAAAUGAAUGAUGUUUUUAAGGUUGCUUAUUGGAAACUGGCUAAACUGAUGGUUAUGGAGGGUUAUAUCCCAGACGAGGACUUGCUGUUCUUCCUAACUCAUUCAGAAAUUGGACAAGUUCUUCGGCUGAGAUCAGCAAACAUCAUCACCAAAGCCCAGCGACGGAGAAGGCUACUAGAAAGGCAAAUGGUUCUCCAGUUUAAAGAAAUAAACAUUGGGAAACCUGUGCCAAUUAACCAACAUCAGGGUGAGGAAAAUGGAAGAAACAUAACUCUGAGAGUGUCCUCUGUUACAGGUAUGACAGUAAGCCAAGGGACUGUGAAGGGAACAGCGCGUGUCCUGAAGACUAUUCUGGAGUCUGACUGCAUCCAGCAGGGGGAUAUUUUAAUUGUGACAAGUACAGACAUUGGAUGGAGCCCAUAUUUCCCUCUGCUAAGAGGACUGGUCACUGAGAUCGGAGGAUUGCUUUCACAUGGUGCUGUAGUUGCACGUGAAUAUGGGUUACCUUGUGUUGUGAGUUGCAAAAAUGCAACAAAUCUAUUCAAAUCAGGUGAUACUGUGAUACUCAAUGGGAGAAACGGAUCUCUGCAGAAAGUUGAAGAAGACUGAAAAUUUGAAUGUAUUUAUAAGGCAACAUAAACUUAGUACCUAAAUUUCUAAGACUGCAGUUUUAAGUUAAACAAAAAUAAUCACACAACUUUGAAGUGUUAAAUAUAUUAUGUGUACUUAUUUAUAUAUAUAAAUAUAUAAUAUAUACUAUCUUCAUUGUUUUUAAAAACUAGAUUGUAACACUCAAAGUUUUAUUCCUGCUGCACAGACCUCCGAACUUUUGGAAAUGGAAUUGAUUUGUCAGCAUGAACACCCUGAGAAGGAAUGUUGCACUCAAUCUGAAAUGUUGCUGAAGUGUUAUUCUGCAUGUUUUGAAUCUGCCCACAAUCACCGAUAUCUCCCAAACAUUCCUUGAAGCACAGCCUUGCCUCCUUCUGUGAUCUGUGCUCAAUCCUAAGUGCCUACAUGCACCUUCUUGGCCUCUCUCUCUCUUCAGCAGCUCAUACUGUCUCAUCAGUACAUGUCAUUCUUCACCGCAUGCAAUGCAUCAAAGCCUUCAGUUCAAGCAAGAAGAACUGCAGACUUCCAACAAACCUAGGGCAUCGAUACUUCUAUUAGAUUCUCCUGCCUCUUCAUUUUAACCUGACCUCUUUCUUCCAGCCUCAUUCCAUGCUGUGUUUUCACGAUCUCUCUCUGACUGCUCCCUCUCUGCCAUGGUCAUUUAUUCCUCAGCACAGGCUGGAAAUUCAUCCCUUUAAAUCUCCACUCCAAUUAACAACAUGAUGAUGAGCUCUUCUUCCAUUGCCAUCAUUUCCAUCCCAUUUCCUCAGCCAACAAUAUUCUGCCCAUUCAGCAAAAUUUGUUGUGGAAUUCCAACAGUGCGGAAGCAGGCCAUUCAGCCCAUCAAGUCCACACCACCCCAGAUCUAAACCCCUUACCCUAUAACCCUGCAUUUCACAUGGCUAAUCUACUUAGCCUGCUUAUGCUUAGAAACUGUGACCAACUUAGCAUGACAAUCCAAUUAACUUGCACAUCUUUGGACCCUGGGAGGAAACAGGAGCUUGUGGAGGAAAUCCACGCAGAUGUGGCAAUAAUGUGCAAACUCCACAGUCGUCCUUGGACAGUCACCUGAGGCCGGAACGAACCCAGGUCAAUGGCACUGUGAGGCAGCAGGGCUAACCACUGAGCCACCACGCGACCCCAGUCAUUUUCAUUCAUCUGAAUCCUAGCUCCACCUGGACCCCACUGAAUUGUUAGACUGGAAGUGCAUAAUGGGUUCUUUAAGGACUGAUAAAAACGAAUUCAGGGAGACAAAUGCUCUUCGAUUAUAAAGCAAAUAGAUUAGUUUAAAUUGCAUUAGACACAUUUAACAAAUGCAUCUCACAGGCUUCUGCCCAUCAGGGACUUAGAUGGCACUGGCUGUUGGUGGUCUUGCUCAGUUUCUAUGUCACCAGUCCAAUGAUGAUAGGUUCAUGGCCUGAUUAUAGCAGGCCGACUGCGUUUCUCCAGCAGAGUUUUUUUUUCAAAGCUUCAUUGUCCACUGUAUUUUGUUUUUAUUUCCAUGUCCCUAAACAUUGUUAUCAGAUGCUGCUGACAAGGGCAGCACCAUUAUCUGGCAUUUGAAUCUUGACCCAGCAAAGGCUGGGUGCCAGUCCUUGGGAUCAACUUCUACCAUACUCUGGAUCAUGACCACUUAACAUCCAAGUUUUCAUGACCCUCCUCCUGUGGAGGACUACUCUGCAACUGGAAAUCACAGAACCACAGGAUUGUUGGAACCUUCAGGGAAGCCAUUUAGCCAGCCUUGUCUGUGCUAGCUCCCUGAAUGAACAGUCUACCUAGUACCAUUUCCCCAACUUCUGGCAUAAACUUCUUUUGUAGGUGAUAAUUCAGUUCACUCUUGAAUGACUCGAUUGAGCCUGCUUUUCCACACUCGGAGGCAGUAUGUUCCAGAUCCCACCCAUUCACGGCACGAAAACAUUUUUCCUCAUGUUUUUCAAUGCUCUUUUUACAAAUCACCUUUAAUCCAUUCACUGUCAUGUCUAAUGCAUGACCCUUAGCCGAUCCUUCCAUCAGUGGGAACAGUUCUUCCCUAUUUUCUCCAGACCUCUUCUUCAUAUCGCCUGUCAACUUCUAAUUCUCCAAGGAAGACAAUCUCAACUUUUCUAAGCUAUCUACAUAUCCAUAGAAACAUUCUCAUGAAUCCUUUUUGCUUUUUUUUCAGUCAUUCAUGGCAUGGGAGCACCAUCUGAAAAAGCUAACAUUUAUUUAUUGCCCACACCAAAUAUGUCCUUGAACAAGUGGUGAUGAGCCAUUUCUUUGAAACUGCAUUGUCUAUGUGCUUUCAGUACACCCACAUUGCUGUGGUAGGGAAGGCAGUGGAUGGAAGAGGUGGGCAGGUCUUUCCAGGGUGUUGAGCCAAUGAAAGUGAGAGAAUGGCAAUUCCACUCAGGCCAAUGUAUGAGUUGGAGCAGAAUCUGCAGGUAUUGUGUAAGUUUUAAAAGAACAGAGCAGAUUGUGAAAAAAACGAAUGGCUGACCAAUCCCUGAAAAAUAGAUGAAGAUAUAUUGAUAAAAAGUUCAGUUUAGAAGUUGUAUAAUGUUUCAUGUAAAGGAAAAGGAUAAAAACAUGCAAACUAUCUGACUUGUGCAUUUAACUUAAAGAUUAAUUCUUAAGAAUCAUACAACUGUGUUUUAGUCUAUAUAUUUAAACGCAUUAGAUUAUUCUAUUCUUUUCAUUGUGUCAAUAAAAUUAUACAGUAUGAAAUUAGCCAUCAGCAGUUUUAUGACUUACACUUCAUAUAUCCCAGCUGAUAAACUAUGAUUUUUGAACAGUGAUGUAUUACAAAUGUUACAACAUACACAAGUGAGCAGGGUAUUGACAAGGUAAGUGCUGCUUGAGAGCGCUGUCAGUAACAGCUUCUGCUAUUUCACUGAUGAUCCAGAAUGGACUGGUGGGGUCGUGAUUAGCUAAAUUGGAAUUUUGUCUUAAGUUGGACAGGAAAUAUCUCCACAUUAUUGGGUAGACACCAGUUUUGUAAUUCUAUUCGAACAGCUGACUUGAGACAUAGCUGGCUCUGUAGUACAAAUCUUCAGUACUGUACCGAGGCUGUUGACUGGGCUGAUAGCCUUUGGAACACCCAGUUUCCCAGCCAUUGUUGAUGUCAUGUGGAAUGAAUUGGAAUGGUUGAAAGACAAACAUCUGUGGUGAUAAGGGAAUGGAAGUGGAGACCGAACUGAAAAAUCUACUGAGCAUGUCUGACUAAAGAGGAUUGAAAAUAUAUCAGCUUUAUCUUUUGCAUUGGCAUUUGAGUUAUAAUCGGUUUCUAAACAAAUUAAAUACUUUCAAACAUGGUAUAUUAGUGUCCUUUGAUCUUAAUAAAGCUUAAUUUUUAAAAUUCUCCUGCAAGAUUUGUAGACUAAUGCAAUUAGCAAAAACAAUAGUGAUUAGUUUGAUCUGGUGGAGGAGUGAUUUUGUGGACGGGGCAAACCUCCAGCACAAUGCCUUUGAAGCAAGUGCAAUAAAUAUUACAGAAACUGAAUUUGCAUGGGAUGCAAUUUAUGCUCAAAACUCCACACUGUUUCACACCAAUUUGGCCAAUUUCAGGCAAACGGGUGACAAUGCCAAUGCAAGAUUGUGAAAAACCCAGACCUUUAACUUUCUGCCCGAGUGUAUGCAAAUAUUCACCAGUGCAACUGUGCAACAGUCUCUGGGCCUCUCAAACAGCAGUGUUCAUUUGGGGGAAUCGUUCAUUCGUUCACUCUUUUUUGGCCUAAAUGAUGCAGAAUGUUUCAGAAGUGUGCAGUUCACUUGCAGCAUUAUGUUAGCAUUUCCACAAGUGCACAUGUCUUACUAUUGCCAACCUUCUGAGAACAUUAUCGUAUCUCUCAUGCUGAACAGUUGUUCCUAGGAUGUUAGAAUUAGCACUGAUAUCAGAGCUACCUUGUCUUAGCAUUAAGAGAUUACAAUCAAACAAUCAAAUUAAAAUGUGACUUGCUUAAUGGCAACUAAGUACAGAAGCUCAACUAUUUAACUGCAUAGCACUCUGAAGUAGCAAUUUAGUAGGCAAUGAUUGUGCAAGAAGCACCCUAAUCAUCGUACUUUGGCAGCAACAGUGAAUAUGCUUAAUACUCAAAAUGUGAUAUACACAUGCUAAGGACUUUGGAAUGUGGAAACCUUGGAACAUGAGAAAGACAUUUACCCCUCUAAGCCUAUUUUGCUGCCAUUCAGUAAAAUUGUGUAGUGUCCUGCAGUGAUGUAAGAGGUGUGAGUUAUCUAUUUUAAUAUGAUUUGUUUUAUAUUUUGUACAAAUAGCAUAUGGGCAUUUUAUGUGUCUGUGGGGCUUGAAUGAUUAACUUAAAGGGACAUCUCUAGCUAUGGUAAUGUAUUUAAAAACAUGGUUGGGGAGAGAUAGGGAAGACGAAUAGAGUUUUGUUAUCAUUCGAAUUUUUACAGGUGAACAAAGUAAGCAGUUGUGAAUUUACGCUGUUAAUUUAAAAGGCCAAAUAUUGAUUGUUUUUCUUUUGAUUAGAGGAAACAUCCAUGGAUUGAAACACUUUUCGAUUUCAAUUUAGCAGUACUUUUAGACUCUUGGCUAGAAUUGGAAGUAUAAGACAAUUGUUCCUAUCCAGGAACUGCUUGGAAAUCCAUUACUUCGGGGUGUUUGUCCACAGAUCCUUGAAGGUGACAGGAUGGAUGAUCAUGGUAAUUUAAGAGGGCACAUGGGAGGUUUUGUUGGAGCUGUCCAGAGCUAGGGUGAGGCCGCAGCUAGAGUACCAUAUGCUGUUCUGGUCACCACACAAUAGGAAGAAUGUGAUUUCACUGAAGGGUAUACAGAGAAAAUUCACCAGAAUGUUGCCUGGGAUGGAGCAUUUCAUCUGUGAAUAAAGGUUGGAUAAGCUUGAGCUGUUUGGAGCAGAGAGGUUAAGGAGGGAUGUGAUCGAGGUGUAUAAGAUUGUGAGGGACAGAGGUUAACUAGAGAGCAAUUAUACCCCUUAGUUGAAGGGUCAUUAACAAAGGGGCAUAGUUUAGAAGUGAAAGGCAAGAGAUUUAGACGGGAUUUGAGGAAGACCUCUUUCACUCAGAGGGUGGUCCGAAUAUGGAACACACUGCCUGGGAGGAUAGUUGAGACAGAAAAUGUCACAACCUUUUAAAUUAUUGAGACAAGAACUUGAAGUUUCAUAACAUUUGGCCCGUUGUGGGAAAGUGAGACUGAUGUGGGUAAUGGUAAAUUUUUAGCAGGCAGCAUAGACUAGAUAGACUGCACAGCCUCUUCUAUACUGUGUGAUUUUAUGACCACAGUGUAAAGAGACUGGUUUUAACAUUCCAGUUGGGAAAUUUUUCUGGUUAAAACCUAGUGAAGGAAUUAUUUGAGACUGAAAAGUCUAAAGGUCAGUUGUAUGAACAUUCAGGGAAGAAGCUGUUAGGUUCUAAAGACAGGAAUUUGAAGCAUCAAUUAAGCCCUAUUGAUGUGAUAAAGAAGUGAACUCUCUCUGGUGUAGGUACUGUAUCGAAGUGUUUUGGGAAUUAAUGGGAUUAUAUUUUGCUAUGUGUUUUGG